AUGGCUUAAAUAACAAAUAAGAUUUUAACUCUUAGUCUAAUUUUAGUAUAUGCUUCAGCAUAAAUUUAAUUGAAUACUUCCACCGAAAAUUCUGUCGAAAAGUAUUUAAUCACAUCAACAGAGUAGUUGGUUGUCAUAGGAUUCGAAGGAUAAUAAGAAGUUAGAGAUUACAUAUUUUGUAGAUUGAAAGAAUGUGUAUGUGAAGACAUGAUUUCUAUAGGACAAAGAAGCCACCCUAAGCUAAAUUAAAUCUAAUCAACUGUAAAUGUUGAAUGCUUUGAUGAAAACAAAAUUCAAUUUGAAAGAAAAGAGAAUGGUUACCAACCUUAUGUUUGGAACAACAAGCCUCAAGAAGUAGAAUCUAGACCUUAUUAAUCUCAAAAAAGAAUAACAUAAGCUAAUACAGUAGCUUACACAGAUAGUGAUAUGACAUCCUCAAUCACAGUAGGCUCAUAAUUGGAAUUGAAGUGGAAAUUUAACACAGAUGACACAAUAGAGAUGUGCGUAUGCUUGAAUAAGAAGGCAUGGGUAGGAAUAGGAUUUGGCAGUGGGAUGAACGGAGUAGACAUGUUUGCUAUAAACAUUAUAGAUGGGGCUGCUGAAUUACUCGAUUUAUACUCUACACGUGAAGAUACUCCUCCAACUGAUGCAACAUAGGAUAUUUCAUUAAUUUCUUCAAGCAUAACAGACUCUGCAGUAAAAGCUAGAAUUAAAAGAAAAUUGAAUACAGGGGAUUCAAAAGAUGCUGUUUUAGCCAAAGGAUCCACUUAUACUUGGAGUUAUGCAAGUUCUUCAUCUCUCGUGAUGGAAGAUCAUAAGAAUAAUGUUGGUGAGUUUAAAAUUACUCUAAGCGAGUCAGGAUCCUAAUAAGUUAGUCAAGGCUAUUUAUUGCAGUUGGUCUUUGGACUAAUAGCACUUAAUCUAAUUAUUUGAAUUAAAAAUGUAUUCAUAUUCACAUAUAAUAUGUUUAA